UGUCUGCGCUGCGCCGGUUACGCACAUCCCGUAGCGGUUUCGAUAAUGGCGUCUGUCACCGAGAUGCGCUCGGCUUUGGAAAAAUGAAGCGCAGAAGAGCUUAUUUCCAGUGAUUGACGCGGGGUUUCCAUUCGCGGACGGACUUUGCCUCUCUUGCCGCGCGGCAGGUUCAGGUUCCGAUCUCAGUCGCGACGCGCAGCCCGAGAUGAUGAAGUCGAACCAAACGCGCACCUAUGAUGGAGACGGGUUCAAGAAGCGGGCCGCCUGCCUGUGCUUCAGGAACGACACCGAGCAGGAGGUGUUAUUGGUGAGCAGCAGCAGAUAUCCAGACAAAUGGAUCGUACCUGGAGGAGGAAUGGAGCCCGAGGAAGAGCCCAACGUUGCUGCUGCCCGAGAAGUCUGUGAAGAGGCUGGUGUCAAGGGCACUUUAGGAAGACUAGUAGGAAUAUUUGAGAAUCGAGAUAGGAAACACAGAACGUACGUCUACGUUCUCAUCGUAACUGAAGUUCUAGAAGAUUGGGAGGAUUCAGUAAACAUUGGGAGAAAAAGGGAAUGGUUCAAAAUCGAAGAUGCCAUAGAAGUGUUGCAGUGUCACAAACCAGUACAGGCCACUUACUUCAAGGCCCUGCAGGAAGGCUGUCUGAACAGUAAUGGGACGCCCCUGGUGGCCACGAUAGGCGGAGACCUGUCGCCCACCUACAGCAUUAAUCAGAGCUCCGUCUCUGAUAUCAGAUAACUAAUACAAAACAUAGACACCGAAUGCUUCCACCGCUCUUGCCCUUACUUUCAUUAUUCUAUCCUUCUUUUUCUUUAAAAAAAGACACAAAAACAACGGUUUGCCAAGGCUUUUUGAGCACCGAGAAAGUGGCGCAGACAUCAAGUGUUGGUUGAAUAUUCGAAACGAUGUUUUGUAAAUGUAACACUUCUGCUUUUUCCUGUUUAAUCCUCCUUUCAUGCAGACUGUUGCAUGAAACCCGCGACCCACGUCCUUUUAGCGGCCCAAGUGUGAGAUUAAACGAAUGCAAGAACUACUUUUUACUGUUGUGAUGUACAAAUCUACACAUGGUGCGUCAGCGUGUGGCUUUCAAUAUUUUUACACAUUUGAUUUCCUCUGCGUGCGUAAGUGUGAACGAGUUUUUCAUUAGUUCUCUUUCGGCGGUUGCGAGAGGAAACGUUUAGUCUUCUGAAUGGUGGAACUGUGAGAAGUUAAUAGUUUUGCAUGAACACUGGUAUUUAUUUGUCUUUUGAGUUUGCGUGAUGCGAUGACUGUUUAACCUGUACUUCGUGUUAAAUUGAUGCUCUUAACUUACCCUUUUUUGUCUUGCCAUCUUGUAAAUAACUUAUGGGCCUGCAAAAACAGAUUUAAUUUAUACUAGUACCUGAUUAGACUGGAGCGCAAUUCUACAAGCGCACACUUUUUUUUUUAAUCCAGUACAUUUUUUCCAACCUGCUGAGGUUUGAAGGACUUAGAAUUUAGUAUUGCAAACUUUACAAUGAAUCUUGUGUGUAAAUUUGUGCCAUUAGCAGCACCAAUUCAUUGCAACUAAAUAGUUCGAACAUUAUUUCUGCAAUUCCGUUUGGUGCUGCUAGUGAUGUAGAAACGAAACAGUUCCCCUUUAAGCAGACUGAUAGAGUGGUGGUAUGAUUUGGCAGGUCUGUAAUGGUUUUCUGUAGCACUUUUUAAAAUCAACAGGAAAACAAAAUGGACUCCGUUUACUUUUAUAUUUUCCUGGUUUCAUCAGUGCACCAUAGUGUGCAACUGCAAUCCCAUUCUGGUAUGAAACGCCCACUUUUCAUGAUGCAAUCACUUCCAGAUGGAUUAAAGUCUCAUUUCAUUUCUUCCUUUUAAUACGUUAUACAUUUUACAGAAGUAAAACGGGUUGCACGUACCAUGUUGACUUUAAGAAGUGCCGCGGUAGAUCGAGUGGACAGUUAAAUCAAGAAGUAGCUUGGAAAUCCUCUCCCUAAACUAGAAGAUUCACUUCGAUUCUCAAAGCAAUCUGUUGAAAAACUAUGAACGAUUAUAAUGUUACCUAGCAGUUUCAAAAAUCUUCACGAACAACAUGAAAUCAAAAUGGACACUUUUUACUUUCUCUGUGUGUUUAAUGUAUUAUCGAGCAUGAUUCAUUUCAGUUCGUGUUGUUUCAGGGGAAAAAAUGCCAUCAAUAAUGAGCAGUUGAACUUGGAUAACAUUUUUCUUAUGGAACAUACUGAAAUAUUUCAGAAUAGUUCACCCCAAAAAAUCUGUCAUUAUUUACUUAUCCUCAAGUUGUUUCA